GGCGGGGGGGGAGGGAACUCCUGGAGGGUCUUAGGCCGGCCCUCGAGACGCCGCAGAGAGAAGAUGCAGUGAGGGCGGCCUGGCUGGAGUCGUGGAGCCGAGCGCCACGGGUGGCAAGGGCCAAGUGCUGUUCCCCGCGGGGGCGCACGGCCGCAGGCCCCGGAGGUGGUGCCUUCCCCAAAAAACCGGCGACGGAGGUGGGGGGCCUUCCUCGCGGCCACUGCCGGGGCUGCAAAGAGGCUGCCCCUCAGCCUCCGUUGGGCUCCUUCCCUAGUGGGAGGGCGAGAGGGAAAGAGGGAGGAGAGAGAGGAGGGGGAGGAGGGAGCUGGGGAGAGGGGGGCUCCGCGCCAACCGCCGGCGGAUCCAGCAGCUCCUCGGGGAGGACGGGCGGGCGGGCGGGGGAGGGCGCGCCGAGGCCCGCUCCGGAGAAGUGGCCGCGGAUGACGGCAGAGGUGCAGCCAGCCCCGCGCGCGCAGCCCCCUCCCCCUCGCCCUCCUCCCCCCCCUCCUCUUCCUCCUCCUCCUCCUCCUCCUCCUCCCGGCUCGUCGGCAGCGCAGAGCAGCGGCGGCAGCGGCGGCGGCGGCAGCAGCCACCCGAUGUCUUCGGCGCCCGAGAAGCAGCAGCCACCGCACGGCGGCGGCGUCGGCGGCGGCGGGGGAGGCGGCGCGGCCAUGGACCCCGCGUCGUCCGGCCCGUCCAAGGCCAAGAAGACCAACGCCGGCAUCCGGCGCCCGGAGAAGCCGCCCUACUCGUACAUCGCGCUCAUCGUCAUGGCCAUCCAGAGCUCGCCCACCAAGCGCCUGACGCUCAGCGAGAUCUACCAGUUCCUGCAGAGCCGUUUCCCCUUCUUCCGCGGCUCCUACCAGGGCUGGAAGAACUCCGUGCGCCACAACCUCUCUCUCAACGAGUGCUUCAUCAAGCUGCCCAAGGGCCUCGGGCGGCCUGGUAAAGGCCACUACUGGACCAUCGACCCGGCCAGCGAGUUCAUGUUCGAGGAGGGUUCCUUUCGGCGGCGGCCGCGCGGCUUCCGAAGGAAAUGCCAGGCGCUCAAGCCCAUGUACAGCAUGAUGAACGGGCUCGGCUUCAACCACCUCCCGGACACCUACGGCUUCCAGAGCUCUGCCGGCGGCCUCUCGUGCCCGCCCAACAGUCUGGCGCUGGAGGGUGGCCUGGGCAUGAUGAACGGCCACUUGCCGGGCAACGUGGACGGCAUGGCUUUGCCCAGCCACUCGGUGCCACACCUGCCCGCAAACGGUGGGCACUCGUACAUGGGCAGCUGUGGCGGCGCAGCGGCGGGUGAGUACCCGCACCACGACAGCUCGGUGCCUGCCUCCCCGCUGCUGCCUGCAACCGCCAGCGGGGUCAUGGAGCCGCACGCAGUCUACUCGGGCUCCGCGGCCGCCUGGCCACCCUCGGCCUCUGCAGCCCUCAACAGCGGCGCCUCCUACAUCAAGCAGCAGCCCCUGUCCCCCUGCAACCCCGCGGCCAACCCCCUGUCUGGCAGCCUCUCCACGCACUCCCUGGACCAGCCGUAUCUACACCAGAACAGUCACAACGCCCCAGCUGAGUUGCAAGGCAUCCCGAGGUAUCACUCCCAGUCCCCUGGCAUGUGUGACCGCAAGGAGUUCGUCUUCUCCUUCAACACCAUGGCGUCCUCGUCCAUGCACUCGGCCGGCAGUGGCUCCUACUACCACCAGCAGGUCACCUACCAAGACAUCAAGCCCUGUGUGAUGUGAGACCACAGCUAGCAGGCCCCACCGGGCCCGGGCGGCCUGGCGCAGGGACCUGGAACGCAUUGCAAGAAACUGCUUUAUUCUUGAGGUAUAACCGUAGGCAGAAGACGAGGGUUUGACCCCUACCCACCUGGAUUAUUUGGAAAGAAAUCCCCAAGGCAAAGACGCAACAUGGCGGUCAGCACCUCCUCCCCAACUUCUUCAAAAGAUUAACACAUGGUGGCUGUGGGGUCUGUCUGACCGCAGCUGUUGGUAAAUAAGUAUCUGUUUUUGAUCCAGUUGAAGGCGGCUGAGAAGGUGCUGUGUUGGGGGGACCCUCGACAUCUAAAUGAGAAUUCUGCUGAGGCCUCUCCCCGCCUUCCCUCCAAUGGCAGAAGUGGGGGAAGGUUUUCAGAAGGCAAACAUGUGAGACCAUCAUUAUCAAAUACUUUAUUUUUUGGUUGAGUAUUUAUCUUUUUAUUUUUAAUUUUUUUUUGAAAGAAUGUCUUGGAAUGCGCAAGUCUCCUCUUAGAGCCGGGUUUUGCAGGGAAGGGGGGGCAAGAAAUCCCAUCUCCCUCCCCAUCUCCGAAGCCCUCCAGCAACCACAGGUGGAUCUUUGUGCGGACUUGCAUUUCCGAAGCCACUGUUCCUCUUACAAAAGGAAACCAGGAGGAGCCCAGAAGCAGGGGCUCCCCGGGCCUCUGCCCUCCCCUCAGUCCUCCUCGGGCCUUCUCUACAGUCCUUUUGGUUUUGUUUCCGAUUGCAUUUUGACUUUUUCGGCGGGUGUUCGUCUCACAAGACCCAACUGUCUCCCGAUCUCUACUGUAAAAACGUGCUGGUGUGAGAGCAAGGGGAGCACAGCGCGGCGCGGGGACAGGGAAGGCCGGUGAGCGCACGAAUUCAGGAUUGCGGCGAAGGCGACGCAGAAAGGUUAAGGCACUUUUUUAAACUAUAGCAAGGCUCAUCCUGUUAUUUAUUCUACUUUCUUCCCUAAUAAUCGAAACACCGCAUCGGCUCCUCCGUUUAUCAGUAUUAAUGGUGUAACUUUGUUGGCAAUAUUUGCCGCGUAGAAAUUUUUUUUUUUUUUAGAGAUCCAUUGUAAAUUUGAAACAAAGUCCAAUCUGUGUAAAAACAAAUUUCCAUAUGUUUAUAUAAAUAUAUAUAUAAAAUGAAGGACUACCCCUUUUUUUAGUAUUUGGCUGCUGGGGUGCAGCGUUUGUGACACGUAUUUUAAAUUUCCUUCUGCACUGUAUAAAAUGACAAUUCGAGGAUGUUUUGCCUUUUGUGUAUUUUUUCCUAAAAAAAAGAACAAAAAUAAAAAUGUAUAACAUUUGUA